CAUACGUUUCCCGGUUAUCUCCCAUACAUUUAGUACAGUGACAUGCAUUUAAUACUUUUUUCCUUAAUUUAAAAUGUGAUUCUGCCGAACAAAUUUGUUUCUUUCGAUAAAACUUGCCAAAAUAUUCAACUGAAAAUUCCACGCCUAGAAUAAAUUCACUUUCUCAUGUAAAAAAAUCAACUUUUAUAAGUCCUCCGCUAUACGAUCCCGUGUGUUUUCGGGAGUUACGAACAUUUAACCUCAAACCCAUGGCCAGGUAUUGGGAGAUGGUAUUGACGAAAAGCGAAAGCAAGCAACAAGCAAAACCGAAAUGAAUUGAAUGGAGAUGAAAAUUUCAUCAGAAUUUCGUCAGUUUCGUCGGCAAUAGUUUCAGUGUUUUUGUGGAUUUAAUUCGUACAUUCGAGGUAUUGUUCAAUAAAUUCCAUUAUCACUCGCUUUUGUUAUCAUGUUCGCAAUUUAGAUUUAUUAUCCAAUGCAGUGGCUCAUACCUGAACAAAGCUCUCAAUUUCCAAACUCAUCUACAAAUCGGAAUUUUGUCUCUCUGGAGUCUCAGGUAUCAUGACAAUGGAAGGAGCAGCCUCAGGGUUUACUCCUCGGGAGUACCAAACAUUGAUCAUGGAAAAGGCCAUGAAGGAAAACAUCAUUAUUUACUUGCCUACAGGAGCAGGCAAAACUUAUAUUGCCUCUUUGCUAAUAAAAAGAAUGUGCGGGGCAAUCAAGAAGCCAUUUUCUGAAGGAGGCAAAAGAUCCUUCUUCCUUGUGAACACCGUCCAACUUGUAGAGCAACAGGCGCAAGCUGUAAGGCAAGCAAUUCCUCUGCGAGUGGGAGAGUACAGUGGAGAUAAAGGUGUUGAUGGCUGGACGGUGGAUCAGUGGAAUCAGCAGUUUGAUCAACAUGAGAUUUUGGUAAUGACAGCUCAAAUUUUCCAAGACUUACUCAGCUCCAAUACUAUGAAAUUAGAAAAUGUGAACCUUUUAAUAUUUGACGAGUGUCACCGAGCUGUUCAGAAUCACCCGAUGCGUCAGAUUAUGGAGCAGUUUGAAGGGUUGCCGGUAGAGAAGCAGCCUCGAGUGUUGGGUCUCACUGCGACGCUUUUAAAUGGCUCCUGUAAGCCAGAGAAUGUAGAUGAAGAAAUUACUCAUCUGGAAAGAACCUUGCAGUCAAAAAUAGUGUCGUUUAUUGAUGAUGACCAAGUACUUAGGUUUUCCACAAAUCCAACUGAGCAUUUACUCUGCUAUGAUGAUAUUGAACGCAGUGACCUUAGCAAAUAUUGUGAUGAACGGAUAAGAAAGUUAUCAGAUAAAAUUUCUCACAUCCAAUUUGAAUUAUUUAUGCAAAACGUGGAAGCCCCUGUUGAUUAUUCUCUUUUGACCAAUAAGGAGGAUAAGCCUAAAAAAUGUCUCAAAAAUAUGCUUGCUGAUCUAUCUCAUGUCCUCAAUGACAUGAAUGUUUUCGGAUUAUAUGUUGGAGCACUAGCGCAAAUCGUUCGCUUAGAGAGAAUGAAACUGUCCACAUGUGAUGGAUUUUUGUAUAAUAUCUUCAAUGUUGUGGUCACUGAGCUAAUCUUCAUAAGAAAAAUCAUCAGCGAUCACAUAGAUGAGUCCGAUUACGCUUGUGUUUUGAAAUACUUAUCACCCAAAGUUCUUCUAGUCUUAGAUCUUGUCAAAGAUAGUGACAAAAACUCAACUUUAAUUUUUGUGGAAAGAAGGUUUACAGCGAAAGUGCUGUAUUCACUUAUCAAGGACUUUAUUGUUGAAUCUAAUUCUAACCUCUUCAAGAAUGUUAGAAUUGAUUUUGUCAUCGGAAACACAAACCCCAAUAUACUAGCAACCAAUGAUGAGGCUGUUUUUGCCCGUAAAAUUAAUUCAGAUAUCAUAGAUAAAUUUUACCAAAAAAAGUUAAAUGUCUUAAUAGCCACCGACGUUCUAGAGGAAGGAACGGACAUCCCACUCUGCAAUGCUGUCAUGAAAUAUGACAUCCCUGUCACAUUUCGUAGUUAUGUACAAUCAAAAGGCAGGGCUAGGUCAAAGGAAAGCAAUUUUUAUAUUCUUGUCCCGAAAUGGGACCAAGAAAGAUUCUGUAUCCGCUACCGCGUUUUUCAAAACAUAGAGAAAAAAUUAAAAGAGAUACUCAUCAGAGACCGAGUUAAGCCCUCUGAGGAAGAAAUUGAUGAGGACUUAUAUCAAGACAGAGAAUUACCACCAUUUUGUCCCCUUGGCCCGGGUGGACCCAGAGUUACCAUGGUAGCUGCUCCGUCCCUUGUUAACAGGUAUGUUCAAAGUUUACCACACGACAAGUUUAGCACGAUACUUCCUUUGUACUUUGUCAAACAUGAAGUUGAAACAGAUGAAUACACCGUGAAAAUUCAACUGCCAUCCAACAGUCCAAUUAAAACACUCAUUCAGGGCCAACCAAUGAAAUGUUCCAAGUCAGCUAAGCAAGCAGCUGCAUUGGAAGCUUGCAAAGUUCUUUAUGAAGCAAAAGAAUUGAACCAAAAUCUUCUGCCAAGAGGCUCUAGCUCAAUUUACCUUGAAGAUCCAAAAUGGUUUCCUCAUUGGGAAGAUGAAAAAUUUGAAAAAGGCGACCCUGAGCCUGGAACAACAAAAAAAAUUAGGAUGCACGAGAAAAAGUAUUCGACCACCCUUGAAGACUGCCAGCCUGACAUUGGUUCGUCAGUAUUUUUGCACGUGUUCGAUAUUAAGCCCAAAUUUGAGCUGUCCAUAGAGGAGAGUAAGCAGCGAAGGAUGUAUUAUUUCUCCCUCCUGAAAAAAAAGAACACAUUUGGCAUUCUGACCAACAAGCCCAUUCCUCAGAUCUGUGAUUUUCCAUUGUUUAUGAAAUUUGGUGAAUUGGAGGUCAAAAUGCGAAUGAAUAUUCCCAUAGAAGCACUUAACAAAUCCCAGUUGAAACGGCUUCAUAAAUUUCACUGCCUAUUGUUUAUGCAAGUGUUAGAUGUUGUGAAAUCUUUCAUGAUGUCUAAUGCUACCGAAAGGGCCUCCGUUAAUAGUUCCUACAUGGUUUGUCCUGUCUAUCCAACUGAUGAAAACGAUCCAUCGUCGUACAUCAUUGAUUGGGCAGCAGUUGACAGCUACCAGAAAAAAUUCUCAGAGGUAAAUGAAGUGAGUGACAGGAUUCGCAAAGGAAUGUCAUUCAACUACGAGUCGCUAGAGGGUUCGCUUAUUGUUCCAUGGUAUCGAGGCUACAACAUCUCUAAACAGUCUUACAUAGUCACAAGAAUAGCCAAAGAAUUGAAUCCGCUCUCACAAUUCCCUUCGGUUGAGUACCAGACGUACUCGGAUUAUUUCAAAAACAAAUAUUCUAAAACAAUUUAUCACGACGACCAGUAUUUAGUAGAUGUGUAUCCAGUCAACAGCAAACUUAAUUGCAUCGUCCCAAGAUUAAGAACUAGUAAGCGAAAAAUUGAUACAGAUCGUGAGCACAUGGAUGAGACUCUCGUACCUGAGCUCUGUGUUCAGAUAAAAUUUCCAACUGUGUAUUGGAUAAAGGCAAUAUUCCUUCCCAGUGCCCUGCAUCGGCUAAACCGUCUUAUGAUAUCGGAGGAGCUACGUCUGCGAAUAGUUUUGGAAGCUCAAAUGGGAGCAGAAUUUUAUCCACUAGACAAAAUUGCUCCCUUAACUGUGGAUAUAAUUAGUGUGGAAAACCUCCCCCUUGUAGAAGCUCCUACUUCACCCGUGAGCACAGUUACUAAUUCAUUUGAGCGGUCAGUCAUGGAGUGGAAAACGGCCAAACGAUCGAAUGAGUUUCCAUGGCUCGACCAUGAAAUCCCAGCUGAUAUUGACCGCAAUUUGAAAAAAAUCUCCAUAGUCGAUCUGAAAAACUAUGAUAAUUUUUUUGCAAACUCCCCUUCAAUUGUCAAGUCUAGGCUCCCAGUUGAAAGUUACCAAAACUCCAAGGUGACUUGCGGUUUAAGCACUUGGAGACCCUCCUCAGUCACUCCUUUUCGCUUAUCGAUUCUUGAAACUUCUUCUUGUAAGCUUGGACCCCAACAGUGCGAGAUCUUUCAGUGCAUUACUUCAUUGCAAGCUCACGACAUUCAAAAUUACGAGUAUUUGGAAACACUUGGAGAUUCUUAUUUAAAGUUUGCUGUCUCAUUAUCCUUGUUUUUAUACUGCGGAGGAAUUGAUGAGGGUAAAUUGACUCGUCUGAAAGGAAAGCUUUUAGGAAACCGCAAUCUGUUUUAUUGUGCCAAUGUUUUGGAGCUUGCUUCCUUGUUAGAGGUUUAUUCUUUUUCGCCAAAUGAUGACUGGUUACCUCCAAGAUUUGGUGUGGAAAAUACUGUCAGAGAAGUCAUGCGUGAGGCAGAACUCCCACCUGAAGGUUUGUUCCAAAUCAAUUUCACUGAAGAAGAAAAAAUAACUGGUGUGAUAUCCGAGGAAAAAGAUGUUGAAGUAGAAAAGAAAUUGGUUGAACUUGCCUCUGCAGCUGCAAACGAAGAAGAACCUCGAGGACGCUCUCCUUGUUCAAUUUUGUACUUGAAUCGCCAAGAAGUGCAGGAUAAGAAUGUUGCUGACUGUGUCGAAGCCUUGUUGGGAGUUUAUGUAAAGAAAUGCGGUAUUCAAGCAGCUUUUCGAAUGCUCUUAUAUUUCGGGAUUUUGCCUGACUCAAUCAUACGCCAAGACCUUGUUUUUGACGAUACUUUUGUCCCAGACGUAAGCAUGAAUCCAGCAGCUGAUACCCCACAGCAAGUGGAGUUCCUUUUACAAGAAUCCUGUUACGAAGUGUUAGAAAGGCAAAUUGGAUACACGUUUAAGGACAAGAGAUAUAUUCUACAAGCUUUGUCUCACACUUCCUUUACUCAAAAUGUGAUCACUGAAUGUUAUCAACGCCUGGAAUUUCUAGGGGAUGCAAUUCUCGACUUUCUAAUCACGUGCUAUAUCUUCGAAAAAGGUCAACACCUAACUCCAGGGCAAGUGACUGAUGUCCGAUCAGCCUGUGUGAAUAAUGUCACCUUUGCAUGUUUAGCUGUGCGGUAUAGCAUGCACAAAUCUCUCCUAUGUAGAUCUGUGACUCUGCUCAAGGAAAUUGACAAGUUUGCAAAAUAUCAGGAAGGUAAAAACCACAGAAUUGGAGAAGAGGUUUUAAUUUUGUUAGCUGAGGAUGAUCUAAAAAUCGCUGAGGCCAUUGAUGUCCCAAAGGCUCUCGGAGAUAUUUUCGAAUCUAUUGCCGGAGCAAUUUACCUUGAUAGUGGCAAAGAUUUGAAAACUGUCUGGAGGGUGUAUUACAACUUGAUGCAUAGAGAAUUAGAGGAAUUUUGUAAUAAGCCACCAAAGAACGUAGUGCGCAAGCUGCAUGAAUUGAACAUUGAUGCAAAAUUCUUGCCUACAGAACCAGUUCCUGAUGUUGCGGACAUUGUUAUGGUGCCUUUGGAGGCGCGUAUAAACAAUGAGAUGAAGAAAGUGUUUGGUUUUGGGCGCAACAAAUCUGCUGCGAAGAAGGCUGCUGCCAAAAUGAUCACCAACAUAGUGAUUGCCAAUUCCAAUGCUUAGUAAUGCUCUCCUCCUCCUUCCACUAAAAAUGACUCUAUGGCAAUUGGCCUCAAAUAUGACUUUCGCCCGGGUGAAAUAUUAAUUACCACUAAUUUUAAAUCUGUAUCAAGAAAUAAUGUCAAGAAACAUUAAAAUAAGUCAAAGUUAUCACAAGAACUACAACAAAGAUCUAUGACAAGAGAAAGGAUUUAAUCCUUUUGAAUAUUCUUCCAAAGAGUAAAUUACAUUCUUGUUUCAGAACUUUGUUGCCAUCCCACCAAAUAAUCGUAUAUUUUUGCUCUAUUCAUUUCUUCCAGGAGCUUAUCAUAAAUUAAAUUUUAUUUAUGUAUAUUUAAGGCCCUUUGUGUUAAGUAAUUUUGGGCUUUCAGUUUGUUUUAUAUCAUCACCUUUUCUUCCUCUGUAUUCUUCUGCAUGUAGGUAUGUUAAAUUCAAAUUAGUUUCUAUUUUUGGUAAUGAAAAUUGCAACAAACUAUUAGUUAAACCUUAAAUUAGUUAAAUCUUGCGAAGCCUUAGUAUGAAAGAUUUUUGUAUUUGAAUCCAUGUUUGUUGAGCAAACUAGAUACAUCUAAUGUAAAUCAUAAGCCUUUGUACAUUCCUACUCUGUGCUCCAUACCAUGUAAUUACCCUGUUAACUAUCCUACUUAUGUUGUUUGUAAUUAAGUCUCAGAAGGUGCUAUAUGUUGAAUGUUUUCUUAGUUACUUUUAUAAAUUACGAAUCCUAGACUUUUUUCGAAAAAAAAAAAAAAUUAAAAAGCUGAUAGAACUUGAGCUAUUUUAGCAAGCUCAGAGUUUCCAAGUAAAACACGUUCUUUGCCCCUCUAAAUUAACCUAGCACUCACGUCUCAGAAGAAUCCUUCAUCAGUAUUCUCAUUUAUUCCCCCACCAACAAAAUAUUUCCAAAAAAAGAUAUUUCCAGCAAAUAGAAAUAAUACAAGACUUUCAACAUAUACUAAUCAAAAAUCCUUGUCGAUUGUAAAUCUUUCAAACAGAUUAGAAGAAUGUGAUCUUUUAGUUCAUUUGAAAAUCUAUUUCAGUAUAAUCCAUGGAAGAGGGAAAGAGAUUUUUCAUUUUUACAUGGCAGUCUAGUAUAUUAUUAAUUGUAAUUCAAUGCAUCCACCUUUUGCUACUAAUAUUUUUAUGCCUGAGGCUUUGUUAAACUUGGGUAAAUUUACGAUGCGCUUUUAAAAGUUUAAAGUUAUGUUUGUAUGGUCAGGCGCACUUCACUUCUCAUUUUGAACUCUGCAAUCCUGCAUGUUUAGGUUGCAUUGAAAUGCAUUUAUUAUUGCUCAAAUAUCUCCUUUAUAAAUAUUUUGCACGUAUUUAUUAUUUAUAAUUUUUUAUCUUAUUUUUUCAUGUGCAAGGAAAGUAGUUAAAUUAGUAUUUUAAACUAAGUUCUAGCAUUAUUCUUUAAAGAGAAGUGGUAGCUACCUAUUUGCUCUCUGAUUGCCUUCUUUUCUUGCAGCAACUAAGGCAUAGCCCUGUCUAUCAAAACCUCAAGCUCUGAGCACGAGAUGUAAAUAUAAAUAGAUAGAGUUAAGCAAAACAGUCACAUCUGCAUUGCAGUGUUUCGAAAUCUCAUCUCCUGUUGUAAUUUUUUGUAAGGAGACUAACCAAUGUCUCCACUCAAAAAUAGUUGUAAUUUUGCUCGCCUGUAUGAUGGUUAUCUUCACGAAUUUUUAAGCAAAAAUGAUGGUUGGUUUCCUUCCAAAAAAUUAAAAUAGAUGAGAUUUCAAAACACCGCAAUUGGUAGAUGUGGCUGUUUCGUUUAACUUAAGCAAAAUGUUACCUAGUUAUAAAUUAAUUUAGUAAACAAAGGAAAACAAAAAACAAAAAAAUCAACCAAUUUAACACAUUACUAUAUUGGUAAAAUACUAAAUAUUCUCCAAGAAGCAAAAAAGAUACCCUCACACCAAACGCUCCAAGAACUAAUUGUCUUAUUACGUUGUACUGAGCUAUUUGUUUUUAUUUUAUUACUGCUUUGUGAUAGUUAUUUAUUUAAAUCAUUCUUGUUUAUGUUUUGUAUAUUACUUUCUUUUUAUUGUAAUUGAACAAAUUUUUGUCAUGAAUAGUUGCUGUAGGCAUCAAUCCAGUCAAAGAUACGAAAUGAAAGGAUUAUCGAAUGUGACGUUAAAAAAAUCUCCGUGUAUAAAAUGCAUAACAGCGAGGGAGUGAUAUUGUCUGAACCAAUAUUUUUAAUGUUUAUGUAGCAUAUAAUGAAAUUUCUGCGUAUCGUCACCUUCCGGCCAAAGUAUCACAAACACUGUUUGUACUUGGGUAUUAAGUUGCCACAUACAUAAAACGUAUCUAACAACCAACCAGACAUACAUUUGAUCUCUCCUCUAAGGUGUCAAUGGCUCAAAUGUUAAAAGCACCAAAGAAACGUAUCUACUAACCAACCAUACAUACAUACAUACAUACAUAAAAAUUGCUUUCACAGCGCUCUGCGAUGCCUAACCGCCACAGAACUCAGUCCUUCCACAACCUAUCAGGGAGUUGGCACUCCCUCAUUUCAUUUAAAACCCCCUGUCGCCACCCUUUCACUUCGCGUCCUCUUUGUCUUCUCCCAGGAGAAACCCAAUCCAGCCUCUUCAUUGGCAGCAUCUCUUCAGUCAUCCUGUUAACAUGACCGUACCAGACAAGCUGUUUGGUUAUGAUGUAGAACAUUACUUAUCACAUAUUUAAAUAAAUUACGACUAACGAAAUUAAAACGAAAAACUUUUUCGCUUUUGUAGGCUGAACAAGGAGUGAUAAAAUUUUUUCAAAAAGUGUUCACUUGCCCGUCAAGUAAUCAUUAUUGCGGACGCGUUUCGCUCUUGCCUGUGGAGCAUUAUCAGCGCGACUCACGCUGAUGAUGCUCCACGGGUGGGAGCAAAACGCGUCCACAAUAAUAAUUAAUUGACGUGCAAGUGAGUACAUUUUAAAAUUUUUAAAUUUAAGCAAUUACAAUAAGACUUUACUGAAAUGGAUCAAUAUAACAAGCCAAUUUGAUAGAUUGAUUCUUUUUACAGUGCCUUCAUUUAGCAAGUCUGAUUCACAAUACCAGCAGCUUGUGCUCGUUUUACUACUCAACCAGAUAUCAAUCUGCUGAAAGCACGGUUACAGUGAUUAUUUGAUUUGAGUGGUGAAUCAUGGCAUUGUAGUUUUGUGAAAAAACAUCUUUUAUUGCAAUUUUUAUUUUGUAUACAAUACAAAUAAAAAAUUAGUUAUAUUGUAAUCUACCAAAAGACAUUUCAACUGUCAACCAAAUGUAUACAAUACAAAUAAAAAAUUAGUUAUAUUGUAAUCUACCAAAAGACAUUUCAACUUUCAACCAAAUGUCGAUAAUGUGAGGAGCUUGCAACAAGAAGAAGUUAACAAAAAUUUAGGCAACUCGAGCCAUCUCUGGUCUCUCAUUUCAGUCCGUAAGUAGGAAUCUCCUAAUGAGCAGAGUAACUAUUUUUUUGUAUACAAGGAAAAUGCACUGAUACCCUGUUGCAAUUUAGUUUAAUUGUAUGUGAUAUAUAGAUUCAGUGUUUUCGUCCAGUUUGUGCUGUAAAACAGCUUCAGUACCAGGAAAUGAAGCAGUACUUACUUCAAGAAAACCGCUCCAUUUAAAAACUGUUGUGAGUGGAAAACAAAUUUUAAUCUGCAAGAAGAAAAUUGGCCAAUAUACUUUGAGACAAUUUCUUUUUUUCUUAUUCAGUGUAUAAUACUACGGAUUUAAACAACUCCAAAUAAAAAGUAUCCUUUAUUCAGAGGAUUUUAAAAGACCGUUUUGUGAAAUUAGGGAUUGCCUCCAGGAAUAAGUCUACAAAUAAUUUAAAAGGAGGAAAUGAUUCAAAAGAAACUAAAAUGAAAUCUACUUGAAGUUGUCAGGAAAAUUUCCGUUCAUUUUGUCUAUACCUUUAUUUUUAUAUAAGCCUGAUUCAUGGUAACUCAUAAAAUUUGAUACUUGUUCUCGCUAUUGCAAAGAUGAUCUUUAUUUUUAAUGCUCAGUUAUUUUUUGUAUUAAAAUUGUUCACAUUUUGAAAAGAC